GCCGGGUUCGCGUCACUGCGCAGCCGCGAAAGGGCGGUACCACGGCGGCUGCGACAUGGGGGGGCGCGGAGCAGACGCCGGAAGUAGCAGUGGUACGGGUCCCACCGAGGGGUACUCACCACCGGCACAGUCCACCCGAGCCGCGGCGAGAGCCAAGGCCCGAGGGGGUGGGCGUGGCGGCCGCCGAAGCACAACACCCUCUGUUCCCUCUUCUCGCAGUGCGGCUCCGCGUCGCUCCCCUCCACCGGCUGCCAUGAGCGAGCGCCUCCGCCCCAGGAAAAGGAGAAGGAAUGGCAAUGAGGAAGACCACCACCUUCCCCCCCAGACCAAAAGGAGUAGUAGAAACCCCGUCUUCCACGAUUCCUGGGACACAGAGACAGUACCUGUAACGAAAGACAAAGAAAACAGACUAAGAGGAAACAAAGUUUUCUGUGCGUCUUCAAGCAGUGACAGUGGCGGGAGCAGCAGCGGCAGCAGCAGCAGCAGCAUCAACAGCCCGGACAGGGCCAGUGGGCCCGAGAGCAGCUUAAACCACAUCGUCACGGGGUCCAGCCCCAACACCCCCCAGCCCGCGCCCGAGCAGUCCGCACUGUGCCAAGGCCUGUACUUCCACAUCAACCAGACCCUGAAGGAGGCCCACUUCCACAGCCUACAGCACCGAGGACGGCCUCCCACAUGAUGGGCGGGUGGUUUCUUGCCUUCUGUGAAGGGACAGCGCUGUGCAGAUUUGAUAUUUCAUCUUACGAUGUUUCAAAAAUUGCACAAAAAAAAACGCCUGUUGGCUUUUCAGUCUAUAUUUGAAAUAACAGGUUAACAGGCCGUUGUUUACUUGUGGUUUUGCUGCACUAUUGCAAUUUUAAAGGGGCUUUGAAGCAAUUUUUUAUAGGAUUCUUUUGAGGGUGGGUAUCAAAUCCAUGUCAAGGUAAUGGUAUGAGGAAAUCUCAUCUGCGUGUUGAACCAUAGUUCGUCCAAUUCAGACUGAUUUCCAAAUCUGUCAAUUAGAAAUUCAUGUAAAAAGGCCUUUUAAAAGUGCGGGAUAUCCGAUUUUUUAAAUUCAAUAAACUAGUGAAGAGUA